UUUCUCUGCAAACAUCGUCCAACGUUCUAUGUCCCUUGUUAACGAAGACUAAACCAUCACAAGUCAAAAAUCAUGGAAUCAAGUCCUUCCACAAUGCUUAACACAUGGGGACCGGACAGACAAGAUGUGUUCUCCUCUGAUGGCUGCUCUAAUACAGAAAGCAAGGCUGAGAUAGGGCUCCCGUACAAAGAGCACCAGGCUUGUGAUCGUCAGUCUACAAUUUGUGAUCGCAAGUCUCCUUCAUCCAAGCAUUCUUUGUCCUCUCCUGUGGCAGACAACGAGGUGGGAACGGUGGUUCUGUUCGGGGUCCCCAUUGUCUGCCUGUAUGUCGAGAACAGGGAGCGGCUUUGUCUGGCGCAGAUCUCCAACACACUGCUCAGAAACUUCAGUUAUAACGAGAUCCACAACCGCCGAGUGGCGCUGGGAAUCACGUGCCUUCAAUGCACGCCUGUCCAGCUCGAGAUAUUGCGACGAACGGGCGCCAUGCCGGUAUCGUCAAGACGCUGUGGACUGAUCACCAAGCGAGAGGCAGAGAGGCUGGUCAAGUCCUUCCUAGAAGAAAUCCCUCCGCCGAAACUCCCAGAAAACUUUUCUUUUAAGGUACAUCAUUCGUGUGGAUGGGGUUGCCAGGGCUUGUUUCUACCCUCCAGAUACAAUAGUUCGCGGGCUAAAUGUAUCAAGUGCACCUUCUGUAAUUCGUUCUUUUCGCCCAACAAGUUCAUCUUCCACUACCACAAGACGUCAUCAUCCAGCUUCCGUCACCCUGACGCAGCAAACUUCAACUCAUGGCGACGUCAUCUUCACCUGAACGAGCCCUCGCCCUCAGAUUCCCUUCAGCACGCGUGGGAAGACGUCAAGUCCAUGUUUAACGGAGGAUGCCGGAAGCGCUCCUCUCAACCGAGCAUGGGUCCUGCAUCUUCACCGACCACUGCGCCACUUCCUGUUGGGCCGUUAACCCAGAGUCCAUUCGACCAUCCACAGACAAUGCCAACAGGGGUGAACCAGUUUAAUAGCUACAUUGGACCCACCGUCAUAGAACCGGAGCAGACAGACAGACAAAUCGCCCAUCCGUCGUUCCAGUCCAAUUUUCCCGGCAACAUGAUUGGUUCUUACGGGGACAUCCUGCGCUCCCUCAGCAUGCAUUACACCCCCUGGUGGAAGUCGAUGUACCUGACCGGGCAGCCCUACCCACACUGUAACUCUGUCCCCCUCCCCAUCAACAUGCCGUGCAUCAACUACCCUUCCAUGAUCCUCUCCUCCAGCGAUUCCAACAGGUCUUCCACGAGGGAGGGGGACCUCAAAUUUGAAACUUCCGGUCACAUGAGGAGCGUUCGGGGUGAGAACAAAAAACAAAUCAAGCAGCCGUCGGCAGACCCUCCAUCAAGUACAUUGACCAGGGACGUGAACCAGUUUAUUGAAGCAGAGGCGACUAGUCCGACUAAAUCCAAAGGGGAGGACGACAGACCUUUUAACUACAAACCUUACAUUCCUUUCGAAAGAAAAGUUAAAGAGGAGCAAGACAAACCAGGAAAGAAUCUGGAUACAAACAAGUCAAUCACUGUUUCGGAGGACGCAAAAGAGCUCUACUCCAGCGACUCCAUGGAUAUAUCAGCCUACUCCAUCGACCAGCUCAGAGAACUACUGCUAAAGUCCAGGACGGACAAGUGCGGAGCAUCAGACUGAGGGAACCCCCGUCAUCCCCGGACUUCUCCAGUGGUGACUGCUGGUAGCGGGAAAUCCGUUAGCUUUAUUUGUGUUUUCCAAUUUUCUACCUUUACACUUCUAGAAGUCUCCUCGGACAGAUUAAGCGGAAUAACAUUACUCCAGAAAUGUUCAUUUCCCCGUAAAAAUAUUAAUUUGUUACUAUGUGCCGCAAGGCCUGUCAUAGGGGAAUUGUUCCCAUUUAUGAAAUAAAUAACAUAAUUGAUUUCUGUAGAAAAUUGGAUAAUGUACAAUGUCUUUCCCAGAUACCCUUUUAACGCGUUUUAAUAAUUAAUUGUAUUACAACAUUGACAAAUGAUUAUGCCGUGCGCUCCUCGACUAUGCUGACUGCACGAUGAGAGUUAAUAUUUGUUAAAUUGUCUAAUGGUUUUAGUGUUUAUUAAAUAGAUUUCUCAUUGAGAUCA